UCCAGGUCGUGGGUUUUUUUUUACGAAAGAAGCGGUGAUUCGCGACGGGUUGCGAUUUCUCCUGAAAUCUGCCGCCGCGACGAAGAAAAUGCGCAGCAAGCUGAAAAAGUUGUGUGACGAACUCUUUCUCCGGGUAAUCCGUCCGACCGUCAGGCGGUGGCUGCCGGGCUUGGAAUUGGAGACGCUGCCGCAGGACCUGAAGCCCAUCCCAGACCUCCUGGACCGCCCCCGGAAGUUGUAUGCGCGAAGCGGAAACGUACCCAACCUACAACGUCUUCCGUGGCAACUUCAGGAAGCACUUCUUGCAGGUGGUCCUGCUCAACCCUUGACGGACGAGCAGCGGCUGCAGCUGCUGCGUGGGAUGUUGACGGUGGACCCGCCGCUGAAAUAUGCCGCAAAUCACCCGGUGGCAGAGGCCUGGGCUCGCGAGGGCAAAGACGUCAAAGAGUUUUUCGAGAUGGAUCUCUCCGAUAAUUUCGAACUGGUCGACCUGAAAGCGGAUUAUCAGAGGGACUAUUUCUGGGUCAUAACAGCUAGAUACGGAAAAAAUGGUGAAAAUAUUAUUGGCACACCAUCAAACGGACGACAAUCAAAAGCUUCUGGCCCGGAUGGGCGAGAUGAACGAGAAAUACGUCAUUCGAAGAUAUUUGAGUUCGAGUACCGAUAUAAAGCGGGCGUGGGCACGGAGGCAAAAUUAGAUAUGUUGAAUAUCAAACCAUAUGACAGAAGCAAUAGGGCGCUCAGACUCGAAGAGCUUCGGGUCAAGAAGCUCCUUCUGGUGCGGAUUAUGCGGAACAACUCUAGCAGCAGCGCCACCGUCUUCACAGAUGUAUCGACAGUAAAUUUCCCGUACACGUACAAAUGCCGUCUCCGCAUGACAAAACUUGGCUUCGAUCCUAGUUUAGCAUGACAAGUUUUACGCUCCAAAUUGGUGAAAUUUGUGUUGCAUCUUGUACAUGUACGGGAAAUUUGUAUUGCAUAAGAUGAAGCAGAAGAGUACGAGGAAUAUGAGCCUGCUGCUCUUUGGACCUGGUCCCGAAGUUUUUCUUUAGGAAACGAGCUGGAGCUGCGGCAAAGCAGCAACGAGCUGCCGGGAGGGAUCACGUUCAAAAAGCUUAAACUCGUAGCCACGGCGGACGUCACCGACGAACCGGGGAAGGUCUCCCCAAUGCCCCACAAGGUCAUCGACCCGGAGCUUUACGCGACAGCAGACGACGCGGCUGAGGCGGCGGAAAAAGCCUUAGCGUCAGGCCUCCUGCUGCCGCAAUCGCUCCUUUAUUAAGCUGGAAUGGGUGUGAAGUUGUCUCGCGAACUCUUUCUUGAGUGGACACUGCAUUGAUUUAAUACUUAAAUGAAACGGCUCCACGCCCACCUCCUCCGUAUGAAGUGCAUUGAUGUCGACUCAGACCAACGACGAAGGUCAACGCCCCGUCAUCCAUACUUAGAAAGUAGAAUUGCAUGAUGCAUCAAAGUAGCAAAGAUUGGUGUGCCUCUAGCGGCCUCAAAGUCAUCGAGUGAACAGCAACGAAUGAACAUGAAGAGUGAAGAACAAAUUAGCAUGUUAAUUGAAAUUUUAGAUUUUAUGACGUGGUUUGUUAGUACAUGUACAAGCAACAAAGGUUCGCCUCUAUAGAGAUGGGUGUAACAAAUGUGAUAAACUUAAACUUUGCAGCAGCCCAGUUGCUGCACGACGGCGUUUAAUAUUUUGCGGCUUAGCCUUCGAAGACGAAAGAACAUAGACUUGUUGUUAUUUUCAUUCAUAUACCCAUUUUUUGUUUUUCCCUUUCCCUGCAAAAGAGGGUGGUUCGAACUGAUAGACGUGCAGUUUUGUAGCAAGUUAGUAGUCUUGGACCACUUUACUUCGAAAAAAAACCAAAAUGCAACUGCAGGGGCAGAAGCAAACCAAUUUUUCGGAAAUUUCCUGACCACGGAAAUGAAAUUUAUGCUAAGUAGGCUAGUUUUCAUUUUUUGGACUCUUGGCGUUGGAUCGAACUCGAAGCAUUACUUUUUCUUUUCUUUGCUGGCCAUACUCUUCCUGGUACUGGUUUAAGUACCCCAUGCAAGAAGAGGAGCCGACCAAGUAGGGCACAAUCAUAUAGUUUGUGAAAGAAGAAGAACGAAACGAACCCACGACCACCAGACAACACAAGGUAGAAGCAUGAAAGCCAAC